AUGGCAUCACCACGAGUUUGUUCCUCGCCGUACUUGGUGCCCAACAUUCCUUCGAACCUGUCGUUCUGGCAGUUCAUUUUGCGCCACAACAUUGACGACACAGUACCCGACAAAGUCAUUCUGCAAGAACAUGAGCGACCAGAGCGGCAGUUGACGUAUGGAUCCGCCCCUAAACUGGCGGGCCUCGGUGCCGACGCGCUCCGGGACGUGCUGGGCUUGACGCAGGGCGACACGAUCCUGAUUGUGGGCAAAAACUCGCUCGACUAUCUGCAGGUCGAGUUUGCGGCCCUGUGGGCAGGCAUCACGGCGGCAUUUGGGAGCCCUACUGCUACGGUGGGCGAUCUCGUCCACUUCAUCGACAUUGUCGAGCCGGCUGUGGUGUUUUGCGACGCAGGCGACGUCAUGGCGCUGGUUUCUAACGCCAUCGACCAGGCAAAAUGGACUGGGACAAGACGGCCAGGUGUCGUUGGCCUCGGCGAACGGGGGACGGCAAAGCUCGCGUUUCCCUCUGAUUUCAUUGACGACACGACCAAAGCGUAUUCACCGCCUAUGGACCUCGCGGAUGUGGACAACCAUUCCGUCCCUUCCGUCAUCUGCUUCAGUUCCGGCACCAGUGGUCUACCCAAGGGCGCGGUAUUGAGCCACCGCAACCUGAUUGCCUACCUCCUCGUCUCUCGCAGCACCGAUCCAGCCAACGCCUCGGCCAACCAGCGCGAUGUGUUUUAUGCGCCACUGGGCCAUAUCUAUGGUGUAUUUACCGCCAGUCUCCCUUUGCUGACUGGGGGCUACGUCCGUCUCCUGCGCAACUACACGCUGCACGACUACGUCGAGGCCUGUGUCGACGUGCGCGCCACGACGCUACGCAUGGUGCCGCCAACGCUCGUGGCCAUGGUCAAGGACCCGUUUGUGCGGCAGCAGAACCUGGCGAGUGUGCGGACCAUCAGCUGCUCAGGCGCGGUGCUGGCGCCGGACAUUAUCAGCGAAGUGCACAAGAUGCUGGGCACAGAGGCAAAUAUUGUGCAGGGAUAUGGCCUGACAGAGGGCUCAGCUACAAUGCUCCGUUCAUUUUCUGCCAAACGCAAGCAGGGUAGUGUCGGCAAGCCCGUGGCAGGAAUGCAAGUCCAUCUACUUCUCUCUGGUGAUGAAUCACGUCUAACAGGUUAG